UUCUUUUUUUUUUUCUUUUCACGCAGUCGCACAUUUUUUUGCUGAAUUGUGACGUUUGUUGCAGUUUUCCACUGUCUGAAAUGCUAGAGGGUCACAAAAGCUAUGGUGGGCUCGGAACAAUUUCAGUGAACAAGGUUUCUCCUGAGUUAGCUAGCCAGUUCGGGGAAGUCGUUGCAGAUCCUGUUACGAACGAGCUUUUGCAUUAUACCGAGAAACCCGAAAGUUUUGUUAGUGACCGUAUUAACUGUGGUGUUUACGUAUUCACGCCGGAAAUCUUUACAGCUAUUCAAGGUGUAUCCACGCAACGUAAAGAAAGAGCUACUCUAAGACGUGUAACGAGCUUCGAAGCACUUCAACCUGCAAACAGGAAUCUUCCGACAGAUUUUGUACGAUUGGAUCAAGAUAUUCUAUCACCACUUGCUGGUAAGAAGCAGUUUUACGUGCUCAAAAACGGCGUCGUUUCAGCGAAGGCCUCCACAUCUGGCCACAAUUGUUGACCUCCAUCGUUCCACCAUU